AUGGCGAUGACCGACGGUGGGGCGACUGGUGGCUGGAGGCAAAGGUUGAAGGAAGAUGAUGAAAAAGAAGGGCAUGCUUGGAAAUUAGCAAAAUGUAUGAGACCAAAUAACGAGGAGAAUCCUGACGGAGUGAUCGUUUUGGGGCUCUACAUGCACUGCGAUGGAUGCGCCGAAACAGUCGUCAAGCAUCUCAGAGGCUUCUACGGAGUCGAACAGAUCGAGACCGACAGGAAGAAUCAUAGAGUGACAGUGAAGGGGAAAAAGGCGGAGCCGAGAAAGGUAAUGGAGAGGCUUCGGAAGAAAGGCCAUUAUCAUGUCACGCUUAUCUCUCCCGUUCUUGUAGAGAAGAAAGAAGUGAAGAAGGAAGAGAAGAAAGAAGAGGCGCGUGCGCCGAAGGUCGUGGAAGUGGUGCUGAAGAUUUUCUUGCAUUGCGAAGCCUGCGUAGAGGAUAUCAAGCGCUGCAUUCACAGAAUGCAGGGCGUGUACAGCGUGGAGGCGGAAAUGGAGAAGUCGCGAGUGACCGUGAAGGGGGAAAUCGAAGCGAAGAAGCUUGCGGAGUACGUGAAGAGGAAGGCCGGGAAGCAUGCGGAGAUUGUGAUGGUGCUGCCGGAGAAGGAAGACGAGGAGGACGCCAAGAGGAAGCAAGAAGGUGAGAAUAAAAUUGACUUGGAGGGUCUUUACCGGAUUUAUCCUCCGGGGCUUGUCUACGCUCCCCAGCUUUUCAGUGAAGAGAAUCCGAAUGCAUGCUGUGCAAUGUAG